AUGUUUAUUUUCCUAAGUCUUGUGGUAGCUGUGCUAUCUAUACAACAAAAUGCCUUCCAAAUUGAUAGUGACUUGUACGAGAAACUGGCAGUGGAAAAAUUGGGUGUAGAUGAAGUCAAACAGUAUGCGGAGUAUAUAGACUUUGAGGAUAAACACUUAUUUUAUUGGUUUUUUGAGAGUAGAAACAAUCCUUCAACUGAUCCUUUGAUUCUUUGGUUGAACGGAGGUCCUGGGUGUUCUUCAUUAAGUGGACUAUUCUUCGAACUAGGUCCUUCUUCCAUUAACUCCGAAUUGAAACCCGUUCGAAAUGAUUACAGUUGGAAUAAUAACGCUUCCAUAAUAUUCUUGGACUCCCCCGUCAACACCGGUUACUCUUUUGGGUCGACUUACGUCAAUAGUACACAACAAGCAUCUCGAGACAUAGUGAUGUUUCUCGAACUAUUCUUUGCCAAGUACCCUUCAUAUGGUCAAUUACCAUUCCAUAUUGCUGGAGAAUCCUAUAGUGGCCAUUACAUCCCCCAGGUUGCCAAAGAUAUCCUCAGUUCAAGCCAUAUCCGUCUCAAGUCCAUAAUGAUAGGUAAUGGACUCAUUGACACUUUAACUCAGUACGAGUUCCUCCAUCCCUUUUCCUGUGAAGAGUACCAUCUUUUGGAUGAUAUUGAGUGUCGGAAAGUUAGACAAGCCACCAAACCGUGUCUUCUAAUGACCCAUCACUGUUACAAUACCAAUGACGAGGAUAUUUGUAGAAGAGCCAAUGACUUCUGUGCUGAUCAAAUAUUUGGCCCUUUCUUCGAAGCUAACGUGGAUGUGAACGACGUAACAUCAGAUGGGCGUCCUUAUCAAGGCAAAUUGAAUGCUGAAGCCUAUUUGGGGUCUGAAAACGUCCAGCAAGCUCUAGGGGUGGAGAUCAAUGAUUACCAACUCUGUAAUCCAGAAGUCAAUUACCCCUUCGCCACCUCAGGUGACUUUCUGAGAGGUACUUACAAACAAGCUCUAGAAGAAGUUCUCACCAAAGGUCUACCCGUUCUUAUCUAUGCUGGAGACCUUGAUUUAAGUUGCAAUUGGCGAGGUCUUCUUGAAGUUACUACCAAAUUAACCUGGCCGGGCCAACGUCAGUACACCAACACCAAUUUCCAAGACUGGUUUAAUGGAGAUAAACAUGCAGGAGAGUCUAAACUGUACGAAAACCUCACUUUCUUGAAAGUAUUUAAAGCAGGUCAUUUCGUACCAUUUUUCCAACCAGAGAACGCUCUAGAUAUGGUAAAUAAAUGGAUUCAUAUAUACAAUGCAUAG